CUCAAUGUAAAUCUUCAUUCACCAAAGUCCUAUAAAUAACAUUCUACAAGCUUUAGGAAAACGACAACUUGAAAAGUUGUAGGUAGGGGUCAUGAAAACACAGACAAGUGCAUGGGCAUAUGAAUAUAUAUAUAGCAAUUUGGACGAAUAUAUCUUACAGCAAUAAAACACACGUCAACAAGCUAUAAGCAAUUAACACCGUGAAGUGAUUACAUAGUUAUGGGGGGCACCUUCCAAGGGGUGAUUUCUUUUGAGACUGUGGAAACUUAACUGGAAGUUAUGGGGGGGACUCCUUGGAUCAAGUUCUUCAUCUAGUAGGUGUGUCAGAACCGUCGGUGGGGGUGGAAAAACUCACGAGGUGGGGUUGCAUCAUGCCCCAGAUACAUGCUAUGUGACCAAUCAAAGAAAACCAUGGGUCACCUCCUUACAGACUAUCCUUUCUGAUGCACCUAAUGGCAUGAGGUGCUCUCGUGGAUUCCAUCCUCCUAUCGGUUGCCCAUCUUCAGUGAGGACUUCGUGGAGUCAGGCCACCCAUUCCACCCCUACCACCAUGAGGAAAGGCACAUCAUCAGUGAUCAUGCUCAUGGCCUACUGUGAUUUGGAAAGUAGUUGUCUUUGACGCCGAGCAGCCCAAGCUCGCUAGCCUACUUGAUAUGAUUAAAAUUGAGGCACAAUCAUGGGCAGAAACAGGAUCAGAGUGACCUGCAGAACUACUACCGAUGGUGCCUAGUGACGGUGUCCUGGAUUAGGGGGUGCACGUACGCCUGCCAGUCAUAGGUCGAGCCGAGGAACCGUCGACAACUGAAGAAUGGGCUACAACUACCCUGACCCUCGACAUACUCAAGAUGGAAUCCUCCGAAGACUUGGCGUACACUUCAAGGCAUAUUUGAGUGAUUGGCAUGUUAUCUCUAGUAGUAACCGACAUACUUAUAACCCUAAAUACCUUGGGCGCCUAUAUAAGCUGAGGGGUUUAGUCUAUAGAGGCACGCUUUCAAGACUUAAGAGGUUACAACUCAUCCAUACGAUCUCGAGGUAGAUCAUCUAUACUUUGUACCUCAUCCACAAUAAAUACAAUACAAGCAGGACGUAGGGUUCUACCUCUUCGAGAGGACCCGAACCUGGGUAAUAUGUCCCCUUUACUUCCUAUUCACCAUCGUGCCAAGAUCGCCAGUUCAGUACCCCCUCCCCGAGAUCUGCCCGUUUUAGCACCCACACCUAGCCCUUAGGAGUGUAGUGUUGUGAUUUGGGGUGUGGCCUUUCCUUGGGCUUGUACAUAACUCUUUCCUUGGACUCUCAAAAAAGGGUCCCAAAUUUGGCAAUUGUCACUCUGAUUUAGAUACAAGCAUGCCGCCUUUGCUUUGUUCAUUGUAUGUUACCUUUUUUGUCUAACUAUACCCCAUACACAUGUGCUUCAGGAUGUUCAGCCGCAACAACAGGCUUGAUUACCAAUUGUUCUUCCGCAGUAGAGGUGCUUUCAGAUCUCUUGGCUUGAAUGAGCUGAUCUCGCUCAUAUGCUUCUUCAAUGUUCUGAUGGGCAUAAUUGAUAUAUGGGGCAAUCAUGAAAUAGUAGUGAUACUGGCUUUGUCGGUGGCAGUAAUUGUGAUCGUUCCAAUUCUAUGUCCAGAAGCUGCAAUUCCACCCAUGUGUGAUCCGCUACGCCGUGCGAUCUCAUUAUGGCGCCCAAUGGUUGCAAUCCUACUGCUUUGUCCCUCUGUACUGCAUAGGGUCUAUGAAAAUUUCAACAGUCAAAGACUUGGCUCAAUUGCCUACUGCACAGUGUUCUUGGUAAUAUUUGUGGUAGUGCUCCUACUCACAAUCAGCAGGCUGCGGUUCCCAAGUAUUGUCAAACUAGCAGACUGUGUUCUUGGCAGCAAAAUAGCACUUUGGCAUCGAGUUAUUCUGAACUCGUGCAUGUUUGUUGCGUCAAUAAUUUCUGUUCAAAGAUUUAACCUUGCGAUGGUCAUAUUUGCUCUAAUGAUAGCGCCACUGGGCAACCUCCAGAUUCCAGCAGCAGCAUUGCGCAUUGGGCUGGCAGUGUGGCGCCUUAUAGUUAUACGACAGGACUACAAGCAAAACCUUGAGAGCAGGACAAACCUUGAGCCAUCUCUCAUCAUCUUUUAUGUGAUGGUGCUUGGACAAGGAUUACUCUACAUUGUUGCCGCCAUCCUUGAGAUGUUUUCAUUCAUCUUACAAAGAUCCCUGAUCCAUCGUGUUGGGUUUAGAGGUCCCUCUGAAGUGCAAUAUGUCAAUUUGUAUUAUGCAUAUGCCUUCGACAGAUGCAUGGAAGGUUCUAUGCUUGCUCCAAAGAAGACCAGCCUCAUCAUAUUUGCAAUGGAUUCUUUGAAGUCAGACUCACCCAAGAUGCAACUCUAUGGGCUUAAGAUGCUACACAAAUUUCUGAAAAAGGAGCCCCUAAAGACUAAAGCCACGUUAGAACUCACCACUUACACAAAGACAGUGACCUGCUUGAUCAGCAUGUUGGGCUGGACGAGUGAAGUGGAUAGAGAUAUUAGAACAUUUGCUGCGAAAGUCACGGCUGAGCUCGCUGAUAACCUUAGAGUUGUCCAUAUACCUGGGGCAGUGCAGCUCAUAGCCUCACUUUUGGACACUAUUCACAGAGAGAAUAUAAAGAAUCCGUUUUUGGACAUUGGUAGCCCUGAGCCAAAACAAGACAACCUGAUUCAGCGAGUUAGCGGAAAUGAACAGACAUCCUCACUGCUUAAAUGGUUGAAACAGAUGGUUGUUUACUGUUUGAUUCCAAGAGAGGAGCCAACAACUUACACGGACGAACAAAACACCCAUAUACUCGGAUACUGGAGACAGACUACAGAACGUCCAUCUGUUCUAGAGGAGGAGCCAUCGACCGACCAGGAUCUUCUCUCUGUACAGGGCAUGUUCAUUCUUCAAAAGCUUGCUAGCUUUGAUCUGGAGAAUGGUAUAGAAAUCAGUAGAGUGACUGGCCUCAUCUCAAAGAUUGUAGAGUUCACAAGCAACAUAACUGUCAUGACAAAUAUUAGUGAGACACACAAGACACUGCUGAAACUUUCAUCUUUGAAGUUGCUGGCAAGACUUUCAAGUACUAAAGGGAAAUUUGGUGUAACUUUGCGUCAGAAAAUUACAGAACAUCCCUUCAUUUUGAGCAACCUUGCAGAGAUCUUGGACAAUAGAGGGAGCAGUCAUGAACUUAGGGAGCUCACAACAGAACUUCUUAGAAACCUUGCCAUGGAGGAAAAUGUGAAGGAGGAGAUCGGACAGAUCCCCGUGAUCAUUAGCAGGUUGAUGGAUGCAUUUCUCAGCCAAGGUACACCCUCAAGUGCAGAUUCAGAUCACUUGCUACGAAUGAUCUCCGGGCAAGCAUUGGCAGUACUGGCAAUGGAGAGUGCCAACAACUGCUUGAUUAUGUUAGCAGAACCAGGGUACAUGUUUAUCAAGGAACUAACACUUAUGAUCCAUAGUGACAAGUACAGGUAUGUAGCAUCAAGCCUGUUGCGGAAUAUGUGUGUGCAUGCUCGAUCUGAGCUUCGCAACUCUGACCUGAAGGAAAUUUCCUACAUUCUGAGAGAGGUGCUGGAAGGAAUAAUGGAUGCAGAAGGGACAGAACUGGAGGUCCUUAUUGGUCUUAGUUCACAAAUAUGUAAUGUCAUUCCAGAAGACUUUGCGAGAGAGCUUGAACAUGGUCAGAUUAAGGAUAGGUUUAUAAAGAGGCUUGUCCAUGCACUUAACUCAAAUAUGAUACCCACUGCUCAUUGUCUUGGCUUCAGGAGGGUGAUAGUUGAACAUGCCAUAUACAUGAUGGAAUCCAAUCUGGUCUAUACUACCUGUUUCAAGAACUGUUGGAUGAUGGAAGCACUGCUAAUGGUAGAGCGUAAACCUUCAAGGGCUGAAAACUACAGGUUCUUCUUGGGUGAUGCAGGACUCAUGAAGCACAACAUACCUCUAUGCGCUCUUGUGGCUAGAGCAAAAGAGCUGAUGGGCCAUUAGUAGCUACGAGGCAUCAGAAGUGUCAGUUGAGCAUGCAUUUAUAAGAUAUUGUACUACUGGUCUAUACUGGGACUUUACAUUUGCUCGCCAUAGUGGUGAGUUAUUCAUUGCAAUCCAAGGAUAUCCCAUGAAAUUUGACAAGUGGACAUUGUGUGCCACGAUGCAGCCAGCGGUUAACUUAAAUAAUGGCGGUGUUAGUGUUGUAAAACCAUGGAUAUAUGAAAGAUGAUGAAUCUGCUUUGUGAUUGAAUAUGAAAUGACAUGGCAGUUGUGCAUUGUCAGGGUGUGAGGCUUCAACACCAACUCAUGGUAUUUAGAACUUUAAGCCUUAUAACGGGUAUUGUUUGGCACUGGUAAAUGGUGUAGUGACUGAGUGCUCACGAGGCAACGACUUCAGUCCAGAUCCUGUACACUCAUUUAACUGGCACUGAUCUUCUAAGAGACGCGAGGGGUCUUACCAUAAACGAUUUUUUAAACUAAGAACGCACCAUGUAGUAGCAUGCUAACAUUUGUGGUUUACUCGAAACCAGAAAAUUUCUGCUUCCUACUCCAUCUCAUAGAGUAGAUCAGAAAUUUUCAUGGAGUAGAUCAGAAAUUGACCAUUAACUGAGCACUACAGUAUAGAGUACCCAUCUCAUAGAACCACAAACUGACGAACUGAACCGACCUAUGUCUACAGUGCAUAGCCAUAUUUGAGAAGAGUUAGCGCCAGGCGACUUCCAGGGUCGUCAGAGCCCGGAUCUCCGGCGGCACGCAGCCUCAGGCCGGAGAUCAAUCGGAGACAAAAGGGGAUUAUUAACCGGAGGCGAGAGGGCGAGUGCACCUGUCGAAUUAGAAGGGGGUUCAAAGCUGGGACUCCGCACCGCCGAGCAAU